AUGUCAUCAAGCGAUGGAAGUUCAUCUUUGGGUACUUCUGAUAUUGUUGGUAUUGCUGUUGGAGGAGUAUUAGCACUUGCUACUGUUAUUGGACUUCUCUUUAGCUUUUACACGAUGUGUUGUAAAAAAAAUAAAUCACCACAAGUAUAUCCUCAAGCAAAUCAAUAUAAUCCAUAUAAUCCAGCACAAAAUGGUGCCUAUGGUCAACAAAUGAAUACGGGUUAUUAUCAACAGUAUCCACCUAAUCAACAGUAUCCACCAUACCAACAAUACCCACCUUAUCAACAAAAACAACAACCACCACAAUCAUGGAAUAGACCACAAACUGAUAUGGAUCGACCCCCAUCUUAUACUUCUGCAAAUCCUGUAACGAAACCAAAUGGAAAAAAUUAA